GAAUCUCAUGGACAGAGCAGCCCGGUGGGCUACAGUCCGUGGGAUCCCAAAGAGUUGGAAACAACUGAAGUGACUUAGCAUUAUAGCUAAGCAGUUAGUCCUGAUAGCAGCUGGCUUCAGUGUGCUUGCUGAAGUCCACAACAAAUGAAGCAUCCUGCUGAUGUCCUGAGCAGAUCACCUGAGCCAGCUGAGCACCCAGCAGAUGCUCACCCACUUUGACUUAAUGAUUAGCUUCUGUGGUCGUGUAUAUAUCCUCUUUACAUAUACAAAUUGGCACAAGCAUUUAUUCAACAAGUAUUUGAGUAUCUACCCUGAGUUAUGUACUAGGCUGGGGCUGGUGAGGAGACAGAUGUUAAACAAAUGAAUGCAAACACUUAAGUAGUGGCAAGAGUUCUAAAGAAUUGCAUCUGGGAGAGUAGCAGGGAUGGGGGUGCGGGUGCUCGUUUAGGUGGGGGAGCUGGGAAGACCUUACUGAGGAAGAGACUUUUCUUUGAGAGGUGAAGAGGAGUUUAUUACAUUGAAAAGGCAGAGAGAGAGAGAUUUCCAGGCUGCGGAGAGUGUGAAGAUUCUAAGACAGGAAUAAACCUGGACAGUUGGAGGAACUCUAGGAGAAUCGGCCAAGGUGCUGGGAGGAGUUCAGAGAGGAAGGCAGGGGCCAGGUCACGCUGUGCACUUAGGGCCAAGUUCAGGAUCUCAAGAGCUUAUCACCAGGGCUCUGGGGAGGAGUUCAUGGAUUUGUGGCAGGGAAGUGUCAGGAGCCAGUUUAUGUUUCUAGAAGAUCAGCCGUGAAGGCUGUGAAAAUGAGAGUAGAGACGAAGAGAUUGGAGAGGUUCUGGCAUGGCCAUUGGGAGGCUAGAUAGAGGCAUGUUGGAGAGGUGAGACCUCAAGCCAGCUGGGACUGAGUGAGAAUGAGUACGGAGUGAGGAAGUGGAGAUCCUACAGGUGUAGGCCAGUUAUCUAAGGGAACAAACACAGGUGAGGGCAGGGGAGGUUUGGCGUCUACGUCUGUCCCUCUGUCCGUGUGGAAGGCGACUGUGGCCGAGGUUAGGGAGCUGAGACCAGCUCCUCGGUAAACCAACACACACCCAUCUCUGAAUGGGGAGUUAUACAAUACUAACACUUCUAGAAGAUUAGACAUUCCUUUGGCUUUGUCUCCAGUCGCUGAGACAGGCCUGCCUUAAAGCGGAUGGAAUGAAAAGCAGAAGCUUACAGUCCUACACGUGAUGCCAGAGCACGUCGGCGGAGGGCUCUGUCUCACCCAGACCUGUGAGAGUGAUUUCUCAGCGAUUGCUUCGGCUACAACCAGAGAACAGGAUUCUUUUCUUUUUGGCUGCUAAAUGCCUCUGUACCCCACACUUUCCAGUGAGGGGAGAAGGCUGGAGCUUCUUGGAUGAUGAUGGAUAUUCCGCUGGGCAGGAUGAGGGCAGAGUGUGUGACAUCAACACCACAAGGGGCCAGCGUGAACUCCCUCGUCUACCUUCCCAGCCAGCUCUCCACCGCCUGGAUCCACCAUGGUGUUUGGUGAGUUUUUCCAUCGCCCUGGACCAGACGAGGAACUUGUCAACUUGAACGUGGGGGGCUUUAAGCAGACGGUCGACCAGAGCACCCUCUUGCGCUUCCCUCACACCAGACUUGGGAAACUGCUUAGCUGCCACUCUGAAGAGGCCAUCCUGGAGCUAUGCGAUGACUACAGCGUGGCUGAUAAAGAGUACUACUUUGAUCGCAACCCCUCGCUGUUCAGAUACGUCUUGAACUUCUAUUACACGGGGAAGCUGCACGUCAUGGAGGAGCUGUGCGUGUUCUCGUUCUGCCAGGAGAUUGAGUACUGGGGCAUCAACGAGCUCUUCCUGGAUUCCUGCUGCAGUAAUCGCUACCAGGAGCGGAAGGAGGAGAACCACGAGAAGGACUGGGACCAGAAGAGCAACGACGUGAGUACCGACUCCUCCUUCGAAGAGUCGUCUCUGUUCGAGAAGGAGCUGGAGAAGUUUGACAAGCUGCGAUUUGGCCAGCUCCGGAAGAAGAUCUGGAUCCGGAUGGAGAACCCAGCCUACUGCCUGUCGGCCAAGCUCAUUGCCAUCUCUUCCCUGAGCGUGGUGCUGGCCUCCAUCGUGGCCAUGUGCAUCCACAGCAUGUCGGAGUUCCAGAACGAGGACGGGGAGGUGGACGACCCUGUGCUGGAAGGUGUGGAGAUCGCGUGCAUCGCCUGGUUCACGGGCGAGCUGGCCAUCCGGCUGGUUACCGCUCCCUGUCAAAAGAAAUUCUGGAAGAACCCCCUGAACAUAAUUGACUUUGUGUCCAUCGUUCCCUUUUAUGCCACGUUGGCUGUAGACACCAAGGAGGAAGAGAGUGAGGACAUCGAGAACAUGGGCAAAGUGGUCCAGAUCCUCAGGCUCAUGAGGAUUUUCCGAAUUCUCAAGCUUGCCCGGCACUCGGUGGGACUUCGGUCUCUCGGUGCCACACUGAGGCAUAGCUACCACGAGGUUGGCCUGCUGCUUCUCUUCCUGUCGGUGGGCAUCUCCAUCUUUUCUGUGCUUAUCUACUCUGUGGAGAAGGACGACCACACCUCCAGCCUCACCAGCAUCCCCGUCUGCUGGUGGUGGGCCACCAUCAGCAUGACGACCGUGGGCUAUGGAGACACCCACCCGGUCACCUUGGUGGGAAAGCUGAUCGCCAGCACGUGCAUCAUCUGUGGCAUCUUGGUGGUGGCCCUUCCCAUCACCAUUAUCUUCAACAAGUUCUCCAAGUACUACCAGAAGCAAAAGGACAUCGAUGUGGACCAGUGUAGUGAGGACCCGCCAGAGAAGUGUCAGGAGCUCCCUUACUUUAACAUUAGAGACAUUUAUGCUCAGCGGAUGCACGCCUUCAUCACCAGUCUCUCUUCGGUGGGAAUCAUGGUGAGCGACCCUGACUCCACAGACGCUUCAAGCAUUGAAGACAACGAGGAUGUUUAUAACACAGCAUCCUUGGAGAACUGCCCCCCAACGUGAGCAGGGACCUUUGUGCCUGGACCGCGUGUCCCUUCCCGAUGUUAGGUUAACACAGCUUUAUCAACCUCAAUGGGUUCGUUAAAAUCAUUUACUUCUCAGGGUGUACUCUUCAGCCAUAGUUGGACAUUUCAUUGCUCUGAAAUUACAGAAAUGUCUUUAUUUUUCUCAGUGAGGCGAAUGAAAUGCCUUGCUCUGAAAUUUAUUUUUUACAAGAGAGUUGUGAUAUGAUUUUGAUUUUGCAAAAAAAAAAAAAAAAUUAUGGUAUAUGGUAUUAGGUGGGAUUUCUUGCUCCGGCUUCUGUAUCAUUCUGUGUUUAUCAUUUACUCACAUUGAGCUAACUGACAAGUAGAAUCAAAGGCCCAGCUGGAGGCUACAUGCAUGUAAGAUCCACAAAAUGAGACAAUGCAUGUCAAUCCAUGUUCACAUUCUAGACAUGGACAAUAGGAGCCUAAUAAAUUGCCUAAUUCAGUACAGAGAAU